ACCCACACACCCACACAACCCAUGGCUACCCUCGAAUCGAUACCACGCUUCCUCCUCCCGAGGGGGCCUCUCCUCCUGCGAGUGCAGCCUCGCGCAUUCACUCAACUUCCCGCUCCAGCCACCUACCGCCGCCAUGCCUCGUCCAUCUCACCAAAAGGCCUCUCCGAAGAGUUUCGAAGACGGCGAGAGGCACAGCAGGCCAGAGGCACACCCGUGAUACCCCAGCCCGAUAAAUACCGCCCGCCCUCGCACAGCAAACGCGCGCCCAACCGCCAAUUGGAGAACAGAGUCUAUGGGGCGCCUUUGUCCGAAGAAGAUCGCAAGCGCAUGGCAACCAAAAAGUACCCCAACAUGAUGAGUCCCGAGGGCACCUUUUCGCACUGGUUUCUGCACAACCGCGCAAUUCAUCUGUGGAUCACAAUGGGCAUUCUCGUUUCCCUCGCGAUAGCAGCAUGGUACAUGGAUUUUAUCUCCAAGACUAGUUUCGGCCAUUUGCUUCCUACGCGCAAGGACUUUAUGCGCCACCCUAUCGAGUCGUCUUCCCGCUUUAUCGAAGUUUACAAGAUGCACAUGGAGCACACGUCGCAGAUGUAUCAGCAGCAGCGGCUGAAGAAGGCGGAGGAGAUCGAGAAGAGGAAGCAGUAUAGGCUUGAGAGGCAGAGGGAGGCAGAGGAGAAGGGCGAGGAGUAUGUCGAGGACCCGAGGUAUUAUGUGGGUGAGGAUGGUAUUCGCAGGAGGAGGGUCAAGAGGUGGUUUGGUAUCUGGGAAUGAGUGCGGGGUUUGCCAUGUUUCCGGGCAUGGUGAGACUCGGUAUCAAAGUGAAAGAUGUUGAGGGAGCACUGCGCCGCGGCAGUGGGUGGUGUUGGGCAGUCAUAGCGGAAGAUGGGAAUGAGUGGGGAAAUCAAAUCACAGACUGCGUCGAGCAGUUCUGUUUCAAGAAAUGUACGUUACGACAUGUAAGAUAUAAACCAUUAAGCCUGUGCAGCAAACCAUACCUGCACCUCUCCAU